GAUGAGGAGUCAGUUUGUCUUAACGUCAUCGCAUCAGAGCUUAUUCCUGAUCAUCUACAUUAUAUUCUGAACUCUUUCCUAUCGCAUUCUCCUCACUGGCAUAGAUAUUUUUAAAAUUCCAUAUUUGGUAAUUAUUUUCAAUAACUGCGUAAAUUGCAAUUGUAGGUAACGUUAAGUAUUCUACUUAGAGACAAUAUUCAACAGCUGCGCUGCAGCUGGUUGUUUAAUGCCUUUCUCAGUCCUCUACUUCAUCCUCAACAUUUACAAGUGAAUAUUAAACUGAUCCAAAGCUUUCAUCGGCUUCCUUUGGAGAAAACCAAAUGAAAAUUUGCUCAAAAUAUUUACAUUUAUCAAUCGUGAGCUUAUAUACAUAAGUUGUAAAGUGGAGUGAUAUUAUCAAGAAACUUGGAAGGCUUUAGGUGUAACACUGAAAAAGAACUUCGAGUUUGAUGCCGACAAUUUACGAAAUCCAACGAUAGAAUUAUGCCUGUUGUUACUUGAAGGAAAAGCAAACAGCAACUGCUUCGAAUUGAAUGAAAUAUAGACCUUAAGUAGUGAAAAUGACCAACUCCACGAGCAAGGAAUCUUUAUUGAAGCAACAUCUCCAGUCAUUCCAACAGAUACCAACGAACAACAUUUAUACAAGAAAACCUCAAGAGAGUGCGUCUUCUAAACAAAAGAUGCCACGACCGAUACUGCCCCCUAUUACACAUAAGGGACAAGAGCGAUAUGAAUGGAAAUGUUUACACGACUCUUACAUGUGGACGCUAGCUCGUACGUACAGUGUAAAAGACAUGAGAAGAUGCAUUCGUAAUCGUUACAUGGAUAUUUUACUACGUGAAGGCAGUAAAGGCUUCCAUUCUCCACACACUAUCCAAGCUUAUGCAGGUUCUAUAUCCGCCGCUCUUUAUAAAGAUUCAAGAAUGAUCGAAAAGAGUAAAACUCCAGACAAAUUCGAUAUUUUAUUCAAGAGAAAAUCGAAAUCUCAUUCUACAGAUACAGAAGGUGGUGCUACUUCAGACAAUAAUAAUUAUUCUAAGUUAAACUCAUCGCACAGGAAUUCUAGUAUCGUGCGAACUAAUGCCAGGAGACAGAUUCCACGAAUUAACCAACAACAUACAGGAAAAGGGAAUUCAGAAACGAAUGUUUUGAAACCUAAGCCACUUGAAAAUUGUCCUCUUCCAGAAAAGGGCACUACAGGGAGACGUCGGAAAGGUCGUGGAAACUUUGACAGAGGGAAAAGUCAGAUUGAAAAAGAACAAGGAUCAGAAAAAGAAGAGAUGGAGGGUCAAACGACAGGGAAGGAAGAAGAUAACCUAACAAAUACUUCCAAUUCCAACCAACCUGUAGAGAAAACUAAUAACAGAACAAACUUCCCACGUGGAAUUUCUGAACGAAACCCUAACAAGAAUAAAGGUCGUAAAAGAACAGCCAAAGAUGAAACAGUCACAGUAGAUGUUGAAGAAGAGAAACAUCAACCGAGAGAUGAUUCCAAAGUAAAUGAUUAUAGUGCGAAAGAUAAAAUCGCAGGGAAAAAAGAUGUAAACACACGUGAAAAUAUCAAACAGACUAAAAGGAAGGAAAAAUUAAAAAAGAAAUCGAAUAAAAAUACUGAAGUUCUAAGAAAAAGUAGCAAGACUGUUGAUUCCCAGUUACCCGAAUAUUCUAAACAAAACGAUGACGCUGACCCAGAUAUAAAAAAUACUCAAACUGGUAAGAACGAUAUGAACAAUGAAGAAACCGUUGAUAAUUAUUCCAAUAGUAAUGAAGAGAAAAAUAAAGAAUCAAUGGUAAGACAAUCACCAGUUGAUGUAAAUGUAAAUAAACAAAGUGAAGUAGUUUCUGUAAAUGAGAGUAACGCUGAAGGCAAGGAUGAUAGUGGAAAUGCCGACAAUUUUUCAAAUAAUACUGAAAAGGAGGAAAGUAAAUCAGAGGUUACAAAUGACCCAAUUAUAGAUACUACUUCAGCUGACGUAAAUAAAACAGACCAAGAGAAUGUUAAAACGAGUGAAGAAGAAAAGCAUACAUCUGACAAUGAAGAUAUGAAAUCUGAAACAUCUCGAGACAAUGUUAAUGCUACGCACACUAGUGAUAGAUUUAGUCCACAAAAAUCUAACGAAAAAGUAGAUGACGUCUCAGAAUCAUCUACUGUGGACUUAAAGCAAACUCCAGAGUUAAAAACCAGAGAGUCCAAUGAAAAUAUCAAUAUUAAUCAAGAGAAGGAACAAGAACAAUUUCCAGUUGACAAUGAACCUAACUCUGUAGAGAGGAAAUCUGAUUCCAUAUUAGAAAGAAAUACUCCUAAGAAGUAUACAGAAACUGAUGAAGAAAACGGUGAGACUUUGGAUAAUUCUCCAUCACUUCAUAACACUUCCGUAGAUGAUGAUGAUGGUGAUGAUGUGAAUAGACUUGCUGCUUACCAAAAGGAAGUUAUUAAUGAUGUUCAGGAAAGAGACAAUGAGACAAAAACCAAGGAUGCAGGUGGUGAUACUGAUAUGAAUGAAAUGGAACUUACAGCUGAGAAUCUUACAGAUGAUAUUGAUGUAACUGAUGCUGCAAAAACUGAUAAUGAAAAUGGACGUUCGGACAGCAAUUUGCCCGAUAAGAUAAUUGCAAAGGAUUCUAUGAGUGAAAAUGUGAUAACUAAUGCAGAACAGCCAACAGAAGAGACAAGUACAGCAGCUGAAGUUAUCGACAGUGAUUCAAAUGUUUCUAGAGAUGUAAAUAUUGAUAAUAAUGCAUCUAAACAUUCAGAUGAUAAUGCUGUCUCUGAUACUGACACUAUCAAUAACAACACAAAUACUGUAGUUGAUGAAGGGGUCGAUACGAAAGCUGUUGAUGACGGAAAUAUUUCCCACCAAACUGAUAAAGACUUAGUCACUGAUAUAUCUGAAGACACUGCUGUAACAGGUGAUAUUCAAAACUCCAAUGAUUUGGGAGACGUCACACCUGACAGUGUAAGCUUAGUCCGUAGUAAUGUGAAUUCAGACAAGGCAAGACGAGAUUCCCUUCAAGAAAAUGAUGUCCCAUCUCACUUUAACAGUGAAGAUGGAGUAGAAAAUGAAACAAAUGACAUAGAAAAGAACUUUAAUGAUGGUUCCAGAAACACGAGAAAUGAUGAAUAUAAUGAAGACUCCUCAAAUGAAAUACCAAAUAAUGUACCCCAAAAGCCUAUUGCUGACAGCAAUAAAGAGACCAGUGAUAUAAAUGCAAAUAAUGGUCAAAAUAGCCAGUCUAAAGAACAGAAAAAUAUUUCUAAUGGAGAAAGUGUUGAUAACUUUAUAGAUGAUAGAUAUGAAACGUUGAACCCUUCUGUUAACAAUGGAAACCGACUUGAAGACAAUUCGCCAGCGAUGACGAGUUUCGUCGAAAAUAACGACAGAAAAUCUGGUGAAACUAGUAAAAUGGAUGAAAGUGAUAACAUUUUAAACGCAGAUGUGGAAAAUACCGAAAACGAUGAUGUUACAUAUAGUAAAAAUGGGAACUUUCAGAACGAGAAUGUUGGCGGAAUCGAAGUUUUAUCUGAUACUGCUCGAGAUAAAUCUGGAACUCCUGACGUGCUUGAUAACAGCAAUGACAGUUUGAGAAUCGCUGAUACAGAAGACAAUACUCAGAACAUAAAUGAAGAUAAAACAUCCCUACGCGAGAAAAACGAUAUUAGGACCGAGAAAACUGAGCUUGAUAACAUGACCUCUGACUGUGAAGGCUUCGUUGCUGCAGAUAGCAAAACUCAAGACCAACAUAGUUCUUCUUGUGUAGAAGAACGUGAUAAUGAUGAAAAUAAUGAUGGAGAUGUAGAUGGUGACGGUCACAGAAGGGAUGAUGAUGCUGUUGAUGAUGACAAUGGUAAAGGAGGUGAUGUUACUGAGAGAAGUAGAGAAACUAUUAGUUUAACUAGAGACAAUAAUGAAACGAAUGAUGAUGUAAAUAUCGCGGAGGACGGUUCUACGGAACCUGACGUUGGUGACAGUGUAGAAGUUAAACCGAGUAACGAUGGAGAUGUGCAGAAUACAAGAACAAACUCAGAGAGUACGAUUAAAGAUGUCAUAUAUAGUAACGGUAGCCCAACCGAAGGUGGUGAGGCUAACGGAAGCACUGUAAAUGUUGCAGAGACUAUUGCUGCAAAUACUGAUGAUAACACAGUAAAAAGGCGUGACAGCAGAGAUGGUGGUGGUAAUGAUGUCUCACAGGAAGUUUCAAUGAGUAUUGAUGAAGAUGGCAAUGUUAAUAAAGUUACAGGAAGUACUACAUUAGCUGGUGAUGUUAAUAAAGAUGCAGUCGUAGAGAAGAAUGCUAUUGAAGAUAAUGUUAGCAAUGGUGAAUCGGAUGUUACAGGGAAGGCUACUGAUAACGAUAGCAUUAACACUGCUUCGGUAGGAAUUAUAGAUAGUGCUACUACUGACAAUAUUGCCGACAAGACUGAGUUUUCUACUGUAGAUGAAGAUGAUACCAAUGCUACAUCAGAAGUUACAGAGAGUAAUCCUGUUGAUGGUGACACAAACCUUCUUGCUUCAGGGGUUACAAAAACUACUCCUGGAGAUGAAAAUGUGAACAAUGAUGUAAUGAAAGUUACAGACAGUCAUAAUGUAGACAGUGAUGAAGCGUAUGCUGACAAACGAGUGACGGACAGUAAUACUGAGCACAAUAGUGAUAAUGAUAAAUCAACAGAGAAUAUGAACAGUACUGCAAAGGAUGAGGACGGUAACCUUGUCCCACCGAUAAUUACAGACAGAAAUAAUGGAGACGGUGAAACUAACGUCAGCGCGGAGGAAGAUAUGCAGAACGCUAAAGAGGUUAGUGAUGUCAAUAAUGCAGUAGAGAAUGAAGGGUCUAGUAGUGAUGAUAAAAAUAUCGGCUGAGGAAGAAGAGUGAGCUACUGACACUAUAUCAAGGUACUAUCAUCAUUUUGCUGGGAAUUGUAAAAGUUAAAAAAUAAAAGAGCGGAAUUUGUAUAUUCGGAGUAGAACCAAAAUACUUGAACAUGUAUUUUUACGUAAGAAAACAUUUCCUUAUGCGGUCAUUUGUAAUUUUCACAACAUUGAAUACAUAAAAAAAAAUGAAAAAGAAUAUGUUGAUUCAUAAAUAUUGGUGAUAAAUUUUGUGAAAUCCUUGCCUUAUCCAUCCAUAGACUAAUUUAGAAACAUUGUAUUGGUCAGAAAUAGUAAGUUCCCAAGGAGAAUGAAAGAAAAGGGGAACGCGAUUAUGAUGGACAAGAGAAGAUGGCGUCCAAUACUUUCAUGUAUGACUUAACUCAAAUAUGACGUAAUACAAAAUUCAGUAGUAAAUAUGUCAACUUUAAAACUGAUUUCCAACGAAACGUGACUUGUCAUACGUUAUGAAUAAUUGACCUGUUGUUUCCUGUUUAAAAAAAAUGUUAAUUUA